GCACAUCUGUGACGUUUGUCUGUGUUUAGCAAAACUGCUCUUGACAACGUCGGUGCUUCCGCUGAGAGGAUUUUAAAAUCGUGAUCUGCCAUAUGCUAUUUUUCCUCAUUAAAAUAUACAGCGAGUGUAUGAGGAAAUAUAUUGCAAUGCGUCUUCCGUUUUGAUGUUUGUAAAAAAUUAAAUUUUAGUGUGAAUGAAGCCCUAUGGAUCUUGCCUUAGGCACGUUACAGACGAAUUUUCUUUUCUUUUCUUUUUUUUCAGCGGAUUUUACGGCUGUAUUUUGUAUUUGAAUGUAAAGCUCUGGUUAAUGUAAUGAUCUCGAUUUACGGAUCGAGUGGUAGAUUAGCUGCAUUGCUGAUAUUCACGUUUGUCAGCGUGUUUGUAUUGUGUGAAUAUGUGAUUUAUUAUCCUGUUAUUCUGCGAUGCUCAUGGCCUCAUAUUGAGACUGUAAAUUCACAUUUACCUUUACGGGCGUUAUUUCUCUCCGAUACUCACUUACUAGGGGCCAUCAAAGGACACUGGCUCGACAAACUUAGAAGAGAAUGGCAGAUGGAAAGGGCGUUCCAGACAUCACUUUGGCUUCUAAAUCCAGAAAUUGUCUUCAUUUUAGGAGAUGUAUUUGAUGAGGGCAAGUGGAGCUCCAGUCAGGACUGGGAAGAUGAUGUCAGACGUUUUAAACGGAUCUUCCGUCAUCCUAGUGACACAGAGCUUGUGGUUCUUAUCGGAAAUCAUGACAUCGGCUUCCAUCACGAAAUGACUAAGCAGAAGUUGGAACGGUUUGAACAAGUGUUUAAUGUGACAUCAGCACGGAUCCUCACCAUUAAAGGAGUCAAUUUUUUGCUGGUGAAUAGUGUUGCAUUACAUGGCGAUCACUGCCCCAUCUGCCAACGUGUGGAAAAGGAGUUACACAAACUCUCACUUGCUCUUAACUGCUCAAUUCAGGGUGAGCAUCAUUAUGACCAGUGCAAGAACACAGAGAGUUUUGCCCCAGCAGCACCUGUUCUACUACAGCAUUACCCUCUAUAUAGAGUGAGUGAUGCCAUGUGUACAGGUGUAGACGCAGCACCUCUGGAUGAGCGGUACCAGCUAUUUCGGGAGCGUUAUGAUGUUAUAUCAAAGAAUGCCUCCAAAAAGCUCUUGUGGUGGUUCAAGCCCCGCCUAAUUCUCAGUGGCCACACUCACCAUGGCUGUGAGAUACUGCAUGAAAACCUCUAUCCCGAGAUCAGUAUCCCAUCCUUCAGCUGGAGAAAUCGCAACAACCCCAGCUUCAUCCUGGGCACAUUCUCCAGGUCAGACAUCCGGCUGUCAAAGUGUUUUUUGCCAGAGGAGAGGACUGUGUUGGCACUUUACUGCAGCAGCUGUCUGAUCAUUGCACUGAUAACACUCAGUCAUAUCAAGAUGUUCAGAAGAUCACUGCAUUUGCCAAAUCGCCUUCUAGGAAAGCACAAGACUUUGUAACAUGUACAAAAGGCAUGUGAGAGUUAUGUGGCACUGUUAAUGAUAACAAUGGUUUAACAGUAAGCCCUGAGUUCAUGUGCACAGAAACAAUAAAUUGUUGAAAAUCGAUUAUUAUACUGGUUAAAAUGGUUAAUACAUAAUUUUGAAGCACAAUAGUUUAAUUCAUACAGAAGCCACAAUUUCAAAACUCUUAACAUAGUGAAAUAGAAGUGUGCAGACCAAACUGUGAAUAUUUUUUUAAUUGCUACCACACAAAUAAAUCUCCCUAAAUCAGAAAAUAUAUUAUAAUUAUGAUUAUUAUUAUUUUAUUUUUUUACUUUACAUAAUUCGCAAGAAACAGCACAGGUCAAGGUGCAGCACAUUUUUGUUUGAAAAUGUUGAUCAAGGAAGACAUAGAUGGGGAAAGGAAAUAAAGAGUGACAGAGAGUACAAGAACCAUCAUAGUACAGUACAUACAGUAUGAGUCAGUAUGAGAUUAUAAUUUGCAUGUUGUUGUUGUUUAUAUUUGUUAUAUUUGCAGCUCUGGAAUUUCAGGUGUUUUUAUUUAUUUUAUUAUUUUUUAACAAUUAUUUGCACUGAUAUGCAACCAAUUUGCAGCAUUUUGUUAUAUAUGCUUUAAUAUAUGUUACAUAACAAUAAAGUGAACAGAUAAAAAUUUUCUCUAAAGAUGUAAAGAUUUAUGUAAAAAUUAUAAUUUAAACAAAAAAAUAAAAAAUAAAAGUUCAUUAUGUAA